AUGUCUUGCGUAGCUUCACCCGCCUCUUGCUUCGUCGAAGCCGACUCACCUGGAGCUGAUCAAGACGCAAAGCAGUAUGCUGCGCGCUUUUGGCAGCAAUACUUCGACGCCCUUGAUGCUCAGCCCUUCCCAUCCCUACCCUCGAUGGGAUUCAGGCCAAUUGCGAAGGAUAAAUUGGAACAUGCCAUUGAGUCGAUUCGAUGGCCGGCAAUGGUGCGGUCCGGAACGGUUGUGCGGGCCGCUUGGUCUGCGAUCGCAGCAAAACACACCGGCAUUGCUCAGGCACUGUUUGGUAUCGGCACCUCUGUGGAGGACAGCUCUUCCUCAACUGAUGAUGAUACCGCUAUUGUGCCGAUGCAAGUGCGGGUGGACGGCGAGGAGACCAUUAGAGACUUCCUAAGCCGUGUAGAUCGGGACACGACGACGUUACAAAAGCGCGCUGUCCGCAUUGAUCCACAUGUCCUCCGAGCCAUCAGCACUCAUACGGAUCAUGCUUGCCACUUCCAGACCUUGCUACUCCAGGCAUCAUCUGACGUGGAGGGCAAGGCUAGCACACAUGCAUUGGUCCUCAUAUACUCGGCAAGACAAGAUGGCUUGCAUCUCAACAUCGCCUUUGAUCCCAGGAUCCUGGACGUCGAAUUCGUCCAGCGGAUGGUGCGGCAGCUCGAACAUGUCCUUCGUCUAUUCUGCAACCCUGAUCUCGCCUCGGCACCUCUGUCUACGAUCGAUCUGGUGAGCCCGCAUGAUCUCAGCACCAUCUGGUCAUGGAACGCGACCGUGCCUGAGCCCCUCGAGAUGUGCGUUCACGACUUGAUCGCAGAGACCACAAGAGCCCAACCAGACUGCCCAGCCGUGUGCGCGUGGGAUGGCGACCUUACGUACACUCAGCUUGAUCAAUUAUCGACCCGUCUUGCCCAUCAUCUGGUCUCGACUCUAGGUAUCGUACGGACGGACAUCGUUCCUUUGUGCUUCGAGAAAUCUAUGUGGACGUCCGUCGCCAUUCUCGCAGUCGUAAAGGCUGGUGCUGCGUGUGUGACCAUGGACACGACCCAUCCAGAAGCUCAUCUGCGCCGAAUUAUCCAACAGACAUCAGCACGUGUAAUCCUUACGUCCUCAGCGAAUGAAAAGCUUGCCGCGACGCUGGCAGACGAAUCGCUGCUAGUUCUGAGACCCGAAGCUCUGCUGUCAGACCCACACUUGAGCGUUUCGGUCGACUCCACGGACCUGCCGACUGUAUAUCCCCACGACAGACUCUAUGUCGUUUUCACUUCCGGUAGCACGGGAACGCCAAAGGGUGCUACUAUCACGCACACCAACUUCAGUAGUGCUAUUAAGCACCAGCAAGGCCCUCUGGGAAUGACCAGCAGCAGUCGGGUCUUCGACUACGUCUCUUACGCGUUCGAUGUCUCAUGGCUGAAUUCUUUGCUCACAUUCGCCACAGGCGCAUGCCUCUGCGUGCCUAACGAGGCCGAACGCCGGAACGAUCUAGCCUCUUCGAUCCGUCGAUUGGACGUUAACUAUGCGGAUUUAACUCCUUCUAUCAGUCGCCUGCUAGAUGCUGGCGACGUCCCGUCUCUCAUGCACCUCACUUUUGGUGGUGAGGAAGUCCUCGCCGAGGAUGUGUCUCGUUGGCAGAAUAUUGGCGACGUCGUGAACGGAUAUGGUCCGGCAGAAUGCACUCCUAAAAGCAUGGCCUAUAAUUAUACUGCCGACGGCUCGUCGAAGCUUGCGAACCAGAUCGGGGCCGGGACAGGUCUUAACACAUGGGUAGUCGAACCCGAUAAUGAAAGUAAACUUUCGAUCAUAGGUGCUAUCGGAGAGCUAUGGCUCGAAGGACCACUCGUAGGGGCCGGGUACCUUGGAGACCGAGAGAAGACUGCUGCCGCUUUCUUCGAAACCCUUCCUUGGCUAGAUCAAAGUAAAGAAUCUAGCGGCCGUGGACGUGUAUACAGGACAGGAGACCUCGUUCGCUACAAUCCGGAUGGAUCGCUUGUAUACGUCCGAAGAAAGGAUCAGCAAGUGAAAGUACGGGGUCACAGAGUGGAACUAGCAGAGAUCGAGCACCACAUCCGAUCCUCGGGCGGUGAAGGUGUCAACGUCGUGGCAGAAAUGGUUACCCCUCGUGGUAGCAGCGACAAGGUCCUCGUAGCAUUCUUGGCCACAAUGCCAUCUACCUGCCAGGAUGAUGGUCGUGGAGCUCUGGCAAGUCGUAUGCGCCAUAUCUCCGAGGGGCUUAAGAGCCGUGUGCCUUCGUACAUGAUUCCCGGAGGAUAUAUCGGCAUGGAUCGCAUUCCGAUGUCUGCGACUGGCAAGGCGGAUCAUCGCAAACUCCGGGAAAUUGCGAGCCAAAUGACUAUGGAAGAGCUCGUCGCUCUGAACAGGGUCGAGUACCGUGAACCGACCACGGCGUGUGAGCUACGUCUACAGGCAUUAUGGGCAUCUGUCCUAGGAAUCAGCCCAGCCAGUAUUGGACUGGAUGACAGCUUUCUACUGUUAGGUGGUGAUUCGAUCACCGCUAUGAGGCUUGCUCGCGAAGCACGACGUGCAGGUAUACCCCUAGCUGUAGCGACUAUACUAAAGAAUCCGGUGCUGGCUGACCUCGCCACGCUUCUCGGCGAUGUCUCAGGCCCGGAGCGAGUUCAGGAAGUCGGGCCCUUUACUCUGCUACAAGGCCUACAGCCGGAUCACAUUCGUCACCAGGCGGCUGCUUUCUGUCGAUUGCGGCCAGAACAGGUGGAGGACGCCUUUCCAUGCACACCGAUGCAGGAAGGGCUCCUUGCUCUGACAUCCAAACGAUCGGGAGACUUCGUGGCCCGGUAUAUCCUUAAAGUUUCGGCUGAUGCAGAAUCUUUCCAGAGUACUUGGAAUCAUGUCGUGCACACCACUCCGAUUUUACGGACACGCAUUGUCGAUCUUGCAGGCAUUUCUUCCGGUGUCGGUCUAGUCCAAGUCAUCGUAGACGAGCCAGUAAGCUGGCACCGAAGCAGCUGCCUGGAUCAAUACGUCAUGGAGGACCAGCAGCGUGAUAUUGGCUUAGGAACGCCGCUGAUUUCGGUCGCACUCGUUGAUGAUGCGAAGCGUGGUCGACUCUUCGUAUGGACGAUCCAUCAUGCGCUAUACGAUGGAUGGUCCAUGCAACUGAUGAUGGACAGGAUGAGACGGGCUUACAACGGUGCUGUCCUUCAAACGGGGUCGCCAUUCCAGUCAUUUGUGAAGACCGUUGUCGAUGGCGACCGAACACAGGCACAGAGCCUGUGGCGUACGUACUUCCAGGGGAUUGAAGCCUCGCCCUUCCCAGCACUUCCAUCGGCAACCUAUCAGCCUGUAGCCGAUCAGACGAUUGUCUCCCGGAUAAGCGGGAUUGACUGGCCCAGAUGCAAUGUCACCGCAUCGACUGUGGUUCGUGCUGCAUGGGCAGUCCUAGUGUCCCAAUACACAAACCUGGACGAGGCGCUGUUCGGUGUGAUCUCCAUGGGUCGACAAGGCAACGUGCCUGGUAUCGAGGAUAUUGUGGGCCCUACGAUAGCGGCUACCCCGAUGCGCAUUGUGCUGGACAAAGAUCUCAAAAUAGCUGACUUCCUCCAAGACCUACAGGCGCGGAACGUAGAGAUCGCAGAAGUGGAACAGCUGGGUCUUCAGCAGAUUCGGAAGAUCAGUACCGACGCUGAGCAAGCGUGCCAAUUUCAGAUGCUGUUGAACAUACAACCCAACCAGGACCGAUUGCCAGACAAUGUGGAUGGACCUUUGGAACGAGUCUCGUUGGAAGGAGCCAUUGCGGAAGCGGCACAUGUUCUCCCUGCGAUGAACACAUAUGGCCUUAUGAUCGAAUGUAUCCUGCACGACGAUGGUAUUGAGUGCUCAAUCAGUUUCGACCCCAAACUCAUGGGCAAGACCAAGGUACAGCGCAUGAGUCACCAGUACGAGCAUAUUCUUCGGCAGCUUUCGACAAAUCGUAACGCCGCCAAGAGGCUUGCGGAUGUCAACUUCAUCAGCAGCGAAGACUUGCAUACUAUCUGGGCGGGCAAGACGGCUGCACCAGAAGCGGCUGACGAUGAUGUUUGCGUCCACAACCUCAUCACGGCGCACGUCCUCCACCAACCCAACUCGCCGGCUAUCUGCGCUUGGGACGGAGAGCUCACCUAUAGAGAGCUUGACCGUCUGUCUACAAAUUUAGCUCAAUAUUUGAUUGGUCAAAACGUUUGUCGUGGCACGGUCGUGCCGCUCUGCUUCGAGAAAUCGCGGUGGGCGCCGGUCGCCGUACUUGGAACGAUGAAGGCCGGAGCAGCGGGCAUGCUCAUCGACUGCACACUUCCAAAGGAUCGCUUGUUGUCUAUCGUGUCGCAAGUCAAGCCAGUCCUUUGUUUGGCCUUGGCUAGCACGCGGCCUCUCGCGCAGCAGCUACUUACUGUACCCGUUCUGCCUGUUGACCAAUUCCUGUCGGACGAGAACGAAACUUCUCUGGCUGAUCGGCCCUUACCUGUUGUCGAUGCAGCUCACCUUUUGUACGUGGUCUUUACUUCCGGAAGCACUGGUGUUCCGAAAGGAGCUCUUAUCACGCACCGCAGCUUCUGUAGUGCGGUCAAACACCAAGCCAACGUAUUCAAUUACUCUUCCGAGACGAGAAAAUAUGGCUUUGCAUCGUACAGCUUCGAUGCCGCUUGGUUUGAGAUGCUUCACGUUCUGGUUGCUGGAGGCUGUCUGUGCAUACCGUCCGAAAAGGACCGGAAAGACGACAUUACUGGGUCGUACCUGAAGCUUUCUGCGAAUACGCUCGGCAUGCCUCCUUCCACCGCUCGACUACUCGACCCAGGGCUAUUGCCAGGCCUGAGGAGCAUUUUGUUGGGGGGAGAGCCGGCAACGGCGGCGGACUUUGCACGCUGGCCUGGGUCAAUUGAUCGUUUCAAUGUAUACGGACCUGCCGAGUGUGUGCCACCAGUCGCCAUCUCGCGUCACAACGGGACCGUCGAAGACGUGCCAUAUAUUGGUAGCGGCCAGGGUGUCAAUCUCUGGCUUGUGGACCCUCGAGACUACAACAAGCUUGCCGCUGUGGGCGCUGUGGGCGAAGUUCUUAUUGAAGGGCCGCUGGUUGGAGAAGGCUACUUGAACAAUGAAGCCCUAACCAGAGAAUUGUUUAUUCAUGAUCCAAUCUGGAUGACACAGGGCAUAUCGGGCGUACCGGGUCGCCGUAGCCGUCUCUACAAAUCCGGAGAUUUAAUGAAGUAUGGUGAGCAUGGUCAGCUCAUCUUCGUUAGUCGAAAGGAUGCACAAGUCAAGAUCAAUGGUCAACGAUUUGAGCUCAGCGAUGUGGAGGAGCACAUCCGCCAGACAAUGGAGACACCGGAAGAUGCACAUGUGCUUGCUGAGACGAUUAUCCCAAGCAACGGGAGCCGCUCGUUACUUGUUGCAUUCGUAUGUUUGACCGAAGUCUCCGGAAAUGAUCAGGAUGACCAAUCGAAGCUCCGCGCCAUGGUUCUAGCCUGGAAUGCGCAACUACGGGAUGCAGUGCCCGGAUACAUGAUACCGAGUGCGUAUAUUCCGGUGUCUCGGUUUCCCAUGACAGCCACCGGCAAGGCCAAUCGUCGACAACUGCGUGAGAUUGGUCAUACUAUGACUUUGGAGGCACUGGCUGCUCUCAAUCCCUCGAGAAGAGAGUAUCGAAGGCCGACGAGGGCGAUGGAGGUACGAAUGCAGACGAUGUGGGCAAACACCCUUGGUAUCGAUGCCGCUACUAUUGGCCUCGAUGACAGCUUCCUCCAGAUUGGAGGGGACUCCAUCGCUGCUAUGCGACUCGUCCGCGCAGCCCGGGAGAGCGGCGUCUCACUCACUGUGGCUGAUAUCUUCAAGCAGCCAGUUCUGUCGGAACUCGCUGAUCUCGCCAAAGACUCUGCCUCGGAGAUUCAGCUCGAGCAAGAGCUCAUGCCGUUCUCGCUUCUCAAGAAUAACAUGACACCUGCACAGGUCCGUAGUCAGGCUGCUACGAUGUGUGGUGUACAGGUCGACUGCAUUGAAGAUGUGUUUCCUUGCACUCCUUUACAAGAGGGCUUACUGUCAUUGACCGCGAAGCGGCCGGGCGACUAUACAGCUCGAUUUAUAUUACAACUUCGACCUGAGGUUGAUAUUGAAAAGUUCCGGGCUGCUUGGGAGCUGGUGCUACGAACAACGCCGAUUCUACGGACGCAGGUUGUGGACCUGUCCUGCUCGGGCCUGGCUCAAGUCAUUCUUACCGAAGCCCGAAGUUGGGAAGAGCACGACUCUCUUGAUCAGUAUAUUGGAAAAGAUCGGAAGCGUGAAUUCGGGUUGGGAAGGUCGCUCACACAUUCCUGCCUAGUCCGUGAUGCAGCACGAAGGCAGAAUUUCUUCGUCUGGACGAUACACCAUGCACUCUAUGACGGGUGGUCGAUGCUCCUACUGAUGGAUCGCCUGCAGCUAGCGUACCGAGGAAAGACCCUACCGUUCACCGCGCCAUUCCAACGGUUCGUACAGUACAUUACGGAUACGGACAGAGUGUCGCACGCCGAAUCGCUAUGGUCCUCGUACUUGGAAGGGCUCGAGGCAUCUCCAUUUCCAGCACUCCCAUCUCCAGGAUAUCAUUCUACCACAGACGAGAUGACUACUAAGGAUGUGAAAGUUACCUGGCCGCAAGGUAAUAUUACUGCAUCGACUAUAAUUCGAGCUGCGUGGGCCAUUGUGGCAGCACAGUUUACGGGAGAGCAAGAAGUCGUUUUUGGGGCCACAGUCAUUGGUCGGCAGACUUCUCUUGCUGAGGUCGAGCAGAUGGUCGGUCCGACGAUCUCUCUAGUGCCUGUACGAGUCGUAGCCGACGGCAGCCAGGUUCUCUCCAAGCUUCUCCAUCAGGUCCAGCUGGACGCAGUCGAGAUGACCGUGGCAGAACAGCUUGGCUUACAACGAAUCCGUCACAUCAACACCAGCACCGCACGAGCAUCCGAGUUCCAGACAGUGCUUGUUAUACAGCCGAUCGAAGAGGUGCAAGAUCCUGAGACUACUCUGUUCGACAUGUGCGACUUGAAAGAUUUAGGUGUGCGAGUCGACGACGCUGUCGAUGCAUUCAACACUUAUGGGCUACAAGUCAUCUGUAAUAUUGCCACAGACGGAGUUCGCUUCAAAUUCAGCUAUGACUCAAACCAGAUCAGUUCUGCUCUUAUGGAACAGCUUGGAAAUCAGCUUGGGCAUACCCUGGGACUUCUGUGCGCUCGGUCGAACAUGAGCAAACGACUCGCCGACAUCGAUUUUGCUUGCGAUCAGGAUCUUGAUACGAUAUGGUCCCGAAAUGCGAGCGUGCCAGCCAUCUUCGACGACGUGUGCGUGCACGACGUGAUCACUGAAGCUGCGAUUCAACAGCCUGCUGCCCCUGCGAUUUGUGCCUGGGACGGUGCACUAAGCUACGCAGAGCUCGAUCGAAUUUCAACACGGCUGGCCCUUCAUCUCGUUGAUCUUGGUGUCACCUGCAACGAUGUUGUUCCACUAUGCUUCGAGAAAUCAAUGUGGAUGCCAGUAGCCCAGAUGGCUGUAAUCAAAUCAGGCGCAUCAUUUGUCGGAACAGAUCCAUCCCAGCCGGAAGAGCGCUUACGCUCCAUCAUCGACCAAACCAAGCCAGGGUUCAUACUUUGUUCGAAAGCUAAUUUCUCGAUGGCCAGCCGACUCGCGACCAGCGCAAGAGUCGUGGUCACUGAUCAUGCAACACUCGACGAUCUCGAUUCUAGGGCGGUAAAGACGGCUGCUUUGCCGGCAACCAGUUCCUCGAACAGGCUGUAUGUCGCAUUCACAUCUGGCAGCACGGGCAUCUCCAAAGGAGCUGUUAUGACGCAUCAGAACUUCACCAGCGCCAUCUUCCAUCAACGAGAACCACUGCGCAUUCUUCCGACUUCGCGCGUGUUCGAUUUCGCAUCGUAUGCAUUUGACUUGUCGUGUGCUAAUCUCCUUCAUACAUUGGCUGCGGGAGCAUGUCUCUGCGUCCCUAGUGAAGGAGACCGCCAGACCAGGCUUGCCGAAUCGAUGCGGACCCUUCGUGUCAACUACGCACAUCUUACGCCGACUGUAGCUCGCUUCUUAGAUCCCACGGCUGUGCCGGACCUGAAGACUCUCCUGCUCGUUGGGGAAGUACUCACGCCCUCCGAUAAAGCGCAGUGGUUGUCGCACGCCUCUCUCACGAACACCUAUGGCCCAACUGAAUGCACGGCAUUCGCGACCUCGGAGCCGAUGGUAGAUAAUGACGAGCAAGUGCCUAGAAUCGGAAAAGGAAUGGGCUUCAACACCUGGGUCAUCAAGCCCGAGGGUACUCCAGGACUUGUACCAAUAGGUGCCGUCGGCGAACUCGUUCUGGAAGGCCCUCUCGUUGGUGAAGGCUAUCUCGGCCAGCCACAAUUAUCUGCUAAAGCCUUCGUCCACAGUCCACCAUGGCUCGUCCGCGGAUCGACACAGUAUCCAGGUCGUACGGGUCGGCUAUACAGAACAGGCGAUCUGGUUAGGUGUGAGCCCGAUGGCAGACUAGAGUUCAUUACCCGCAAGGAUAUGCAAGUCAAGAUCCGAGGGCAAAGGGUAGAACUGGGUGACAUCGAACAUCAUGUCAAACAGAGUCUUACAGAUGUUCUCAAAACCCGGAUCGCAGUAGAAUUGAUCUACCCCAAGCAGUCGACGGAGCCUCUGCUCGUUGCAUUCUUCGAAAACAAGGAGACACCCAACCCAGCUGAACCCACCACGGCGGCUUUAAUCUCGCAGAUCACCACGGAAGCCAGCAGCAGGUUGAGCAAAGUCGUCCCUGUGCAUAUGAUACCUGGUGCCUAUGUUCCACUUUCCAGUAUACCUAUGAAUACUACUGGGAAAACGGAUCGCCGGAGACUACGCGAGAUCGGAAGCUUACUUACCCUCGAGGAACUAGCAGCUGCCAACAACUCGAGUGAACGCCGCAAGCCGACUACUGAUAUGGAAACACGCUUACAGUCUCUAUGGGCCUCGCUUCUUGGCAUUGAGAGUAGCAGUAUCGGUCGAGAUGACAGCUUCUUGCAAAUAGGAGGCGAUUCAAUUGGUGCUAUGCGGCUUGUUCGUUUAGCUGCUCAAGAGGAAGGCAUCGCCCUCACAGUAGCGGACAUUUUCAAAGCUCCCGUUCUGAGCGACCUAGCUCUGUUCGUGAGCGACAACACCUCCAGGCCAAAGCUUGAGCAGAAAAGUCUCAGCCCAUUCGGCUUGAUCGAUGAGCUCUCGAAGAAGAGAGUCUGUAACGAUGCAGCCCUCCUCUGCUCCGUACAGGCUGCCAAAAUUCAGGAUGCUUUUCCCUGUACGCCAUUGCAAGAGGGAUUGCUUGCCCUAACAGCGAGAAGGUCCGGCGACUACGUAGCGCGAUUCGUGCUCGAAUUGCGUGACUCUGUCAAGCUCGACACUUUCCGCAGCAUGUGGAGUCAAGUCGUACAGGCGACACCUAUCUUGCGCACUCGGAUUGCAGAUCUCCCAGGCCUUGGUCUGACGAAUGUUGUUGUCGAUGAAGACGCCAACUGGCUGGAACACCAAUCACUGUCUGGUUACAUCGCACGAGACAAGGAGGACGAAAUGGGCCUUGGUACGUCUCUUGCUCGCUUUGGACUGGUCAAGGAUUCCGGACGACACUUCUUCGUGUGGACAUUCCACCAUGCUGUGUACGACAAUUGGUCGUUGCAAAUCAUAUUGAAAAGAGCGAAAUCGGCUUUUCUUGGACAAUCUCUGCCGUCGACUCCACCGUUCCAGUCGUUCGUUGAUUACGUCACCAACAUGGAUAAAGAUGCUGCUAUUGAGUGCUGGCGUGAAUACCUCUCUGGAUUGGAGUCACAGCCAUUCCCGGCGCUCCCUUCAAAAGCGUACCGACCAGCUGCCGACAAAACCUUCGCCUGGACCGUUCAUGGCGUGAAGUGGCCGCAGAGUAACGUCACGCCUUCUGUCGCCAUCCGCGCAGCUUGGGGUGUCUAUAUUGCACAGUUGACUGACGCGGACGAGGCGUUAUUCAGCGUCAUCACUAUGGGCCGUCAGGCGAACGUAUACCGCAUCGAAGACGUGGUGGGGCCAACCAUCGCCACUGUUCCGGUGCGUAUUGUGAUCAACAAGAACGCCAACGUUUCACAAUUCUUGUUGGGACUACAAGAGCAGACUAUCAGACUUACUGCAGUCGAACAAGUUGGCCUGCAGAGCAUUCGACGGAUCAGUCCGGAAGCUGAGUUGGCCUGUCAGUUUCAGACGCUCCUAGACGUGCAGCUCGAAAGCGAAGAAUCGGCUACCGACGGACCUUUCCAGUACUCUAUAUCGGAUCCAGCUGCCAGAGGAAACGAUCAUAUCAAUGCCGCCUUUGCAACUUAUGCGCUUAAGAUACAAUGCAAGAUAAGAGAUGGCGAUCUCCACUGCCUAGCGACCUAUGACUCGCAAGUACUCGCAACCGAACAGAUGGAGCGUAUAGGGCACCAAUUCGAACAUAUCCUCCGUCAGCUUUGUGCAGGACACAACAGUACUUCACCAAUGGGCGAGGUCGACUUUGUCAGCGCUCACGACCUAAAGACCAUCUGGUCGUGGAAUGCAACCGUACCAUCAGCAGAAAACUCUUGCGUCCACGAGAUUAUUGGUGAUACAGCACGCCGGCAGCCCGAUGCGCCUGCUCUUUGUGCCUGGGACGGGGAUCUCACAUACCACGAGCUCAACCGCUAUGGAACACAAGUAGCUCAUCACCUUGUUGACCUCGGCAUUGGAUAUGGCGAUCUUGUGCCUAUAUACUUCGAAAAGUCGAUGUGGACUACCGUUGCUAUCCUUGGUGUGAUGAAGGCUGGUGCCGCUUGCGUAACCAUGGAUGCGACACAACCUGAGGCCCAUCUUCGUCGCAUCGUUGCUCAAACCUCCGCUACAGUCAUCCUCGCCUCACUAGUAAAAGGACCAUCGGCUGCGCGGCUUCUCAGUGGUACGACCAAGGUCAUCCUACCGCAGUCUCUUGUGACCACGAGUUCGGAUGUUACAGCCACUGGGAGAGAGCGUGCCUGCUUGCCGAAAGUCGAUCCGAGCCAUCCGCUUUAUGUAGUGUUCACUUCUGGGAGCACGGGGACACCGAAGGGCGCAAUCAUUACACAUGCGAACUUCGCAACAGCGAUCAAGUAUCAGCGAGUGCCAUUUGGGAUGACUAGUAGCUCCCGAGUAUACGACUAUGUUUCGUACGCAUUUGACGUAUCCUGGCUGAACGUCUUACUCACUCUCGCAGUCGGUGCUUGUCUUUGUGUUCCGCACGAGAGGGAGCGGCGGGGUGACCUGGCUUCGUCUAUUAGGCGCCUUAAGGUCAACUAUACUGACCUCACACCUUCCAUCACCCGUUUGCUGAAUGCAUCCGAUGUACCCCUACUGAGACAUCUUACCUUUGGUGGCGAGGAGGUACUAGCUUCCGACGCAGCCCGAUGGGGUACUCUUGACGAAGUCAUCAAUGGCUACGGACCAGCAGAAUGUACACCAAAAAGCAUGGCAUACAAUUACAUCACUUCGAAGUCGAAGCGUGCAAACGAGAUUGGCGUUGGCACUGGGCUAAACACAUGGGUGGUCAAGCCUGACAACAGCAAGCAACUAGCUAUGGUUGGUAGUAUCGGAGAGCUUUGGCUAGAAGGGCCACUAGUCGGCGCCGGCUAUCUCAACGACAAGGAGAAGACGGAUGAGGCUUUCAUCCACGAUCCAGAAUGGCUCUUGAACGGCCGCACCUCACAUCAAUCGACAGUCCACGAGACACCAACUUCCCAUCGAAAGGCUCUAGUAUCGACGGACGCAGACCACGUCAGGGGAGGUCGUCGUGGACGCGUUUAUAAGACUGGAGAUCUUGUACGUUACAAUCCAGACGGAACGCUGAUCUAUAUUCGGCGAAAAGACCAGCAAGUAAAGGUUCGCGGCCAACGCGUCGAGCUCGCCGAAAUUGAGCAUCAUAUCCGAGAAGUGGCAAACGACGACGCCAGCAUCAACAUAUUGGCGGAGAUGGUGACUCCGAAAGACGGUAGCCAGAAGGUCCUUGUGGCGUUCAUCGCUAUGCCUGCAGCUGAGUUGGCCAAGAUGAUGCAACGUCUUGCCGAAGGACUCGCGGAACGUGUGCCUGCAUACAUGAUUCCAACAGCUUACGUCCCGAUCGACUGUAUACCUAUGUCGACAACAGGGAAGGCGGACCGCAGGAAGCUCCGUGCAUUGGGCGGCUCGAUGACGAUCGGAGAACUCACAGCAUUGGUCCCCAGAAAAGGCGAGCAUCGCAGGCCAAGAACUGCAAUAGAAAUAAAGCUGCAGUCGCUGUUUGCUUCAACUAUCGGGAUCAGCGCAAGCAGUAUUGGGCUUGACGACAGCUUCGUCGAGAUGGGGGGUGAUUCAAUUACGGCCAUGCGUCUAGCCCUGAACGCUCGCAAAGACGGCGUAGCGCUCACCGUGGCUGACAUCUUCAGACAUUCAAGCUUGGAAGAUCUGGCUCGUGCGAUCUCGAGUGGCUGCAAAGACGUGACGAAUAGUCUCGCGAGCGGCAGUGUCAGCAUCAAGCCCGUCGUUCUUACUCACAAUGCGCAACGACAGGUCCAACGGCUUGGCGUGUCACCAUCCACAGUAUUACCGGUGACGAACUUCCAACAGCUGUGUAUUCGAGGAGCGCUCAGGACUCCAAAAACCUGGUGGGAUUAUCGUUACGUCGACUUCCAUGGAAAACCGGAUGUUGCACGGCUCAUCGAAGCUUGCCACCGCCUUUGGUACCAUUUCGAUUCAUUGCGAUUGGUAUUUCUGUCCUCAGGCGACAGGUUCUUACAAACGGUGCCGGCAAACAGCAAGCCAAUCAUCGUAGUGCACGAGACAGAGGGCGAUGCAGAGCAAGAUUGUACCAAUGUGUGUGAAGCCGAUCAAGCAGAAGCGGUGAGCCUUGGUGCCAGCUUCACCAAGUUCAUCCUCACUCGGACUUUGUCUGGCUCCGUGCGCCUCAUCAUCCGCCUUUCGCAUGCCCAGUACGACGCCAUAAGCUCUCAGGCAAUGAUGCAGACUCUACACGCUGCCUAUCGGCGCGAAGACUUGGCUCCGUCAGCUCGUUUCCAGGAUUUCGUGACAUCCAGCAUUACACAAGGCGCUGCCAGCAUGCAGCACUGGCGUUCGCUCCUUCGAGGCUCGACUGUAACCAAGGUGCCCACAAUCCUCGCCGAUUCGGAUCCGGGCAUGGGUAUUGAAGUGACGGCGACAGUGCCAGAGCCCGUCUCAUCAAGUGCGGCUACUCCGGCCACUAUCUUCACUUCUGCUUGCGCCGCUGCUCUCGCUAAGGUGACAGGACUGUCCGACGUCGUGUUUGGUCGCGUGGUGUCCGGGCGCUCGGUCCUUGGCCCUGAGUUGCAGAAUGUUAUGGGAGCGUGUGUUGGUUGGGUUCCGGUCCGUGUGCAAUUCAGUGGCGCGCCGAGUGCGACAAAGGCCCGAAGCUCGGUGCAGAAGCAGUAUAUUGAUGGUCUAUCAUAUGAGAUCACUGGGACUGGGGAUGCGUCGGGCGAGGUGUCGAGCGAGGAGCUCCAGUUGUGCGAUUUCGGCUGUGUUGUGCAGUACCAGAAUGUGGACACACAGCCGUCCCAGCUGCUCGGCGAAGAUGAUUGCCGUCUGAAGUUCUACAAGAGGCCAGAGGUUCGUGUCGAGACCGACGUUUCGCGCAUCGAUAUACUGGCCAUUCCCAGCCAAGGGGGGUGGGACGUCACCAUCACGAGUGGAAGGCACAAGAGGUCGGAGCUGGAAGAGUUGCUUCGAGAAAUUUGUGAAGGGGUGGCAUCCGGGUAA